GGCGCCAAAUUCAGUUGGCGCGUAACCUCCUAUCGAAAAAAUCAAUGAUCAUUAUACUGUGUGUAGCCUAGGUAGCGGAAGGAGUGAAUGCUUUUAGCGUUGAAUUCAAUCAUAAACAGCAAAAAUGAGCUCAAUUUUAACGAAUUCUCCAAAGAAAAAUAUGCCGCAUAACCUAAUGACUUCACCAGUGAGGCAAUUUAGGGUAGAUUCAAUUCCAAGAAGUCCAAGUUUCGGAGAAUUUUACCCAUGGAAGUGGUCUGAAAACGCCGAGAAUAUCCAACUCAGCCCCACCAGCUCCUGUUGUUCUCCAAGUGGGUCGGAUGGAAGUAGAACUCCCAAAGCGAGAGGUAGACCUAAAGCUGAAUCUAUCCCGAGUCUUCAGUUAGAGGGAUCCUUCUCACCUAGCAGUAUAAGAUGUAAGAUUUGUCAUCGUGUUUUUCCAAGAGAAAAGUCAUUGCAAGCACACCUUCGCACCCACACUGGAGAACGUCCAUACACGUGUGAUUAUCCUGGAUGCACCAAGGCAUUUGUUCAAAGUGGGCAAUUAAAAACACAUCAACGACUUCAUACAGGAGAAAAACCAUUUAAAUGUAAAAAUAGUGCUUGCACGAACCGCUUCACACAUGCAAACAGACAUUGCAGCCUCCAUCCAAAGGCAGGAAUCGAACGUGUAGAACAAGAAAAUCUUGUCGGAGGAAUUACAAAGAAUGAUGAAAAUGAUGAAGCUGUAGCCCUCUGGCUUGAACGUUUUGCAGCUACUACAAAAACACCUAGCAAGAGUAGUCUAAGACAGGAAAAAAGGAAACAACCCACAAAUGCCAAAAGGGAAGGAGAUGAAAGGAAACGGUCUCGCAUUACCGCAAGACGGCGCUUAGAGGAACAACGCGAAAAAUUCCAUUGUGCGGUAGCUCUUGUUGAGUUAGCAGAAAAACUACCGUGUGAUCUUUAACUUGAAAAUGUUUUUCUUAUUUUAUAUGUGAUGUCCAUGUUAUUGAAACAGAGCUAGUCAAACUAGGAACAAUGUACAUUGUAGUUAAUUUCUAUACAAAGCACAAUGAUGAAUUUUAAAUACAGAAAAACUGUAGAACAAAUUUUUACUAAAUGAUAAUCUAAAUCUAUUAUAUCUCACAAAUUCCUUUCAAACUUUUAUAAUAGAUAUUUUUUAUGAUAAUUAAACAUUUUAUAACUAUUUAAAAAUGUUUUGAUUUACCUGAAUUUCAUCUAUUGCUAAUUUUUCAUCUGUUUUACUGCAUAUAUGUUAUGUAUAUAUAUUGUAUAUAUAUAUCCCAAGAUGUAAAUGUUCAAUUGUGCAACAUAGAUAUAUUAAAAAAGGUAAUUAAUUAGAGGAAUGUAAAUAAAGCAUGCAAGUUAUUUAUUCUUGAAUUAUUGAAGCAGAAUACUCAAGUGUUUAAAAAGGUUUGGGCUCUAUGAAUUGAGACCAAGAUAUGAAGUGUAAAUUAGCCUAGCUAAACUGUCUGAAUAAAAUAAUGAAAAAAAAUAAA